AAUUCACAACUACUGCUGUAGAAUCAACACCAUUUACAGUACAGACAACAAUAAUACCAACAAAACAAAAACAAGAAAGUGAAGUAACAACAACACCAAUGAGAGAACGAGACAGAACGACUCCUCAGAGUGAAACAUCAGUAACAGCAACGACAACCCAAGUCUCAACAACAAGAUACCAAAUCACAACCUCGACAGGAGGAACCUCCACUGUGGUAACCCAAGCUCCAUCAUCACCCAGUACUAUCUCCACUCUCCCAGGAUCAACACUACAAACAACACCUGGCACCACAAUAACCGCCAGUACUACUGCCCUGCCAACACAAGGCACGACUAUCACUACACCUGGACCAAGAGUACCAACCCAAGGUACCACCAGUGCCAGCACCACCACAACUACCGGGGAAAGGAGCACUCUAUCUACAGAAGGAACUCUUCCAACAGUAUUAUCCACUGUUGCUAUUCAAACAUCAACAAUUGCUGCCUCCACCCCUGAAAUAAAAAUAAAAACCACAAUCGGUACCACAGCUGGCCCCAGCACCACAGGCUCAGCCACCGAGGAAACAACCAUCAUCACUACCACCACCAGCACCUCUCCCCCUCAGACUGAAGGUACAACCAUCAUCAUCCCAACAACAAGAGAGCCCAUACCAGCCACCAGCACUGCCAGCACCUCCAGGACUACAGAGAGAAGUACCACAAGAGCCUCUGCCACCUCUGCUCCAGGAGAAACCACCACUGUGGCAACCCAGGCUACAACAUCUCCCACAACACCCUCUGAAGUUAAAAUAAGAACCACCACAGGAACCACAGCUGGCCUCAGCGCAACCAUCACCACCCCACCCACAACAACUGGGCCCACGCCAGCCACCACCACAAUCCGCAUCUCCAAUAGCACAGACAACUGCGUGGUGGAGCACUGUGCCUGGACACAGUGGUUUAAUGUGGACUCCCCUACUCCAGGCAGCGAAAAUGGAGAUUCAGAGACAUUUGAAAACAUCAGAGCUGCUGGGUAUGAGUUGUGUGACAAGCCUCAAGACAUCAAGUGUCGAGCUAAAGACUACCCUGACUCAAUUGUAAAAAUAAUGGAACAGAAAUUUGAGUGCAGCCUUGACAGGGGGCUUGUGUGCAGAAAUAAAGACCAAACUCUCAAGUACCCCACGUGCUUUGACUACGAGGUCUCAGUGCUGUGCUGUGACCGAAAACACUGCCAGACAACAGUACCAACUGCAGCAACCACUGUAAGCACCUCCACAACACACAUCCCAGCAGAAACCACCACAAUAGCAACACGACCUGCAGCAACACCAACUGCUGUCCACACACUUCCACAGCAAGUAAUAACAACCACCGUAGGAACAACAAGUACCCUCUCACCACAAGGAACCACCAUCAUCACCCCAAGAUACACAGAGCCGAUGAAAUUAAAAACCACAACAGGCAACACAGCUGUCCCAAGUACCACGGGCUCAGCUGGAGAGGGAACAACCAUCAUCUCUAUGACCACCAGCACAUCACCCCCUCAGACUGAAGGUACAACCACCAUCAUCCCAACAACAACAAGAGAGCCUACACCAGCCACCAGCACUGCCAGCACUUCCAGGACCACUGCAGGAAGCACCACAAGAGCCUCUGCCACAUCUGUUCCUGGAGAAAAUUCCACUGCAUCAACCCAGGUUACCACACUUCUCACAACAACGUCCAGAGUUAAAAUAAGAACCACCACAGCUGGCCCCAGCACCACGGGCUCACAAGUAAUAACAACCACCGUAGGAACAACAAGUACCCUCUCACCACAAGGAACCACCAUCAUCACCCCAAGAUACACAGAGCCGAUGAAAAUAAAAACCACCACAGGAACCACAGCUGUCCCCAGUACCACGGGCUCAGCCGGACAGGAAACAACCAUCAUUUCUACCACCACCAGCACCUCUCCCCCUCAGACUGAAGGUACAACCACCAUUAUCUCAACAACAACAGUGCCUACCCCUGCCACCACCACUGCCAGCAGCUCCACAACCACCUGGGAAAGCAGCACUCUAUCUACAGAAAAAACUCUUCAAACGGUAUUAUCCACUGUUGCUAUUCAAAGAACAUCAACAAUUGCUGCCUCCACCCCUGAAAUAAAAUUGAAAACCACCACUGGCACAACGGUGGCCCCCAGCACCACGGGCUCAGCUGGAGAGGAAACACCCGGCAUUGCUACCACCACCAGCACCUCUCCCCCUCAGACUGAAGGCACAACCACCAUCACUCCACCCACAACAACAGUGCCUAGCCCUGCCACCAGCACUGCCAGCACCUCCAGGACUACAGAGAGAAGCACCACAAGAGCCUCUGCCACCUCUGCUCCAGGAGAAACCUCCACUCUGGCAACCCAGACUACAACAUCUCCCACAACACCCUCUGAAGUUAAAAUAAGAACCACAACACCCUCUGAAGUUAAAAUAACAACCACCAUAGGCACCACAGCUGGCCCCAGCACCACAGCCUCAGGUGGAGAGGAAACAACCAUCAUCACUACCACCACCAGCCCUUCCUCCACUUCACCUGAAAUAAGAUUAAUAACCACUUCUGGCCCCUCAUCUGUGCUCACUACAACUCUUCCUCAGUCUGGAAUUACCACAGUAGCUUCAACUGGUACAUCACAAUCAAGCCAUGUUACAACAAGCACUCCUGCAACCUUCAGUUCCUCCACCAGCACAUCUGUUACAUCCAGCAAAACACCUCCAUGCUUUUGUCAUGUGUUUGAAACUUUAUUUUCUCCUGGUAAGUGUCUUAUUUUAUGA